GCAGUGCCUGCAGGGAGCUACAGGGGCUGAAAGGCAAUCCAUUCUUGAAAUUGUGGAUUUGCCAGAUGCUUGCAAGAAAGCAGCCCCAGGUCCUGAGGAUGACCAGGCCUGCAAGAAGGCCAAAGCUGCCAAGGAGACUUCUUCUGCGAAAGCUGCAGAGGCUGGUGGCCAAGGAAGUUCCAGCUCUGCUUCUUUGAAAGAACCCGAGGAGCAGGCCUGCAAGAAGGCCAGAACUUUGAAACUACAAGUUUCAGAUGUUUCUGUGGACUCCCAUGGCUGGCCAGCCAUUCUCAAUUCUCCAAAGGCUGCAAAAGAAGAAGAAGAAGAAGUGAAAGAUUGCUUUUCCAGAAACAUGACAAUUCUGGAAAAAAUGAGGGUAAGCUGCAAGGAGCAGCUGGAUAAAGCUGCACAAGAGGCAGCCCAAGAGUUGGUUGAGAGCAGACCAGGGCUUGAAAGAAGGUCAGAAAUCCAAAAAAAGCCAGCCAGCAAAGAAUGCAAAAAAAAGCCAGCUUCGAAGACAGCUUCCUUGCCCAAGGCAAAAAGCUUAAGGCCUGAAAGAAGGCCCACAGAGAAGCAAGGACCAAAAAAAGAAGCAGCACCACAGCCAGAACCAUUGGUGGCAGCAGAAGGGCCAAGGCCUGAAAGAAGGCCAUGGUCAGCAGUGAAAAAAGUCAUGGGCAAGGACCAAGCCUAUCUCAUGGGCCUUUUUGGAAGAGAUUGGAAGCUCAUCAUUGGCUGCACCAAAAGAAUGGGAAAGAUUUUCCGAGGUGGGCAUCACGCUGUGAUUUUGGAGCUGGAAAAGGUGGCCAUGGAGGAGGACAUAACAAAGGAAAACAUGAAAGAAAAAAGCCGAGCUUAUGCUGGCUAUGUGCCCUGGGGUCAUGAAAAGGAUUGGGAUGAUGGCGACACCUGGACUGGCUGGGAAAGGGAGCCUGAUAGGGAGCUGAGAGACAGGGAGAGAAGGUGGAGGGACAGGGAUGAGGAGGAGGAAUCAUCCUCUGACAACUCCCUGCGCAGGGGGCAGAGGAGACAGGAGGAGGAGGCUCCCAGAAGCACACAGGGCCGCCUCUUUGGCCCAAGCCCUGCAGAGGCAGCCAGGGAAGGGGAGGAGGAUUGGGACACUUUCAGGCAAGAAGCCAGGGGCAAGAGGGGAAGGGAAGCGAGAAAGGCUUUGAGGGCCAGAGACCCUGAAGUCCAAGCCAGGAAAGAGAAGGGCCUGAAAGAAGGCUUUAAGGAAGACAAGGUUCAGCCUUUGCAUGAAGGGAGCAGGAAAUGGAGGAUGAUCAAGGAGAGGGAGAAGGAGGUGAAGGAGGAGGAGGAGCAACUAAUGCUUGAAAGAAAGCAGUUGCUGGAAGAGAAGGCAGCCUUCUUGGAAGAGAAGGCUGCAUGGCUCAGCAAGCAGGAGAUGAGCCCCAGCCCUGCCAGAGGGGUUGUCCUGCAGGAAGGGCCAGGGGCCAGGCCUGAAAGAAGGCCAAAAAGGAAGGACAGCAGCAGCAGCAGGCCUGAAAGAAGGCCAAAAAGGAAGGACAGCAGCAGCAGCAGGCCUGAAAGAAGGCCUAAACAAAAAGCCGGCAGAUCCUCCUCCUCUUCUUAUUCAUAUGAAUACAGUGAAGAGGAGGAGGUAUUUGUGGAGGAGGAGCAGCCAGACUGGCAGGAGGAGGAGGAGGAGAAAGAGGAAAAGGAGGAGGAGGAGCAGCCAAAGAAAAAGGACCCCAAGGACAAGGAAAAGAAAGCUGCAAAGGAGGAGGAGGAGCGAAAGGAGAAAAAGGUUUCCAAGGAAAAGGAAGCUGCAAAGAAGGAGAAGAAGCCCCAAAAGGAAGAGAAGCCCAAGGAGAAGGAGAAGGAAGAUGACAAGGAUAUGGAGGAGGGGAAAACAGCCAAGAAGCGAAAGGAAAGGAAGAAAGUGGUCAAGGAGGAGGAGGAGGGGCAGGAGGAGAAGCAGCAAGAAGGCCUGCAAGAAGGCCAAGUAGGAGCUUCUGAGCCCGAAGCAACUCAGGAAGAAGCAACCCAGGGGGCAACUGCUGAGGAGCAGCAAGAGGGCCUGCAAGAAGGCCACCAACCAGAUGCUUCUGAAGAAGGGAAACCAGCUGCUGAGGCUGAGAUAGAGGAAGCAGCAAAGAUGCUUCCAGAAAGUGUAGCAAAGGCAGCCCAGGCAAGCCUGAAAGAAGGCUCUGAGGCUGGUGCCACUUUGACUUCUUCCAGGCUCAAACUUCACGAAAAAACACAGGCAGCCAUCCAAGGCCUGAAAGAAGGCCACCUGUCAGAGGCUGCAUUCUGGCAGGAAAUCUCCAACAAAGACAGAGCUGCCUUGUGGAAAAAAUAUGAAGGAGCCAGGAACAAAGACCCUGAAGCCAAAGCAGCUUGGCUCCAGAUGGGUGGCCCAGGUGUCCUGGAUCAGAAGAAGCAACUGCUUCUGCACUUCCUGAAGACUGGUCAGGCCCAGGAAGGGGGCUUGAAAAAAAGCCAAGAAGUCGCCAACUCCAAGAAGGAGAAAGAAUGGUUUGAGUGGGUCCCCUGGAAGCAGAUCCUUGACUGGUAUGGGGAAGAGGAGGCCCUGGCCAGGGUAGAGAGUGGUUUAAUAGCAGUGAAAAAGGUGGGAAAGAAAUUCUAUGAAUUUCUCCUGGUGAAGAUCAGGACCGAGCUCACACUGGAGCAAAAAAAAAGGAUUGCUGCUGAGCAAGAAAUAGCACUGCAAGGUGAGGAACUGAAGGCCUGCAAGAAGGCCUUAGCAGCAGCAAGAACAAAACAGGAAUGGGAUGACCUUUGGCUUGAAAAAAAGCCACAGAAAGGCUUCCAGGUUGAAGAUGCUUUGUCAGAACCUUCUGAAACUUCUUCUGAACAUGAGGACGAAAGUUCAGCAGAGCAACAUAAUCCUGCAGCAAGUUUCCUGCAAGGCCUGAAAAAAGGCCAGGCUAUGGUCUCUCAGAAAAAAGAAAAAAGAAAUGAUGACAAGCAGAAGCACCUCGCAAAGGAAGAGAAAGUCAAGGAGGAGGACAGCAGAGCUUGCAAGAAAGCUCAGGCAGAGAAGACUAAGAUUGCCAAAAAAAAGGAAGCAGACAAAAAAUGGCACACAAAGUUAGAGGAAGCCACACAAGUGGGUGAAAACGAAAAGGACAGUAAGGUCAAGAAGAUGCUGGCCUUGGUCAGCAAAGGAGUGGCUGAUUUGAAGAAGGCUUGCAAGAAAGCCAAAGAUGCCAGCUGGGGUGCAGAUGUCCUGCAAGCUCUCAUCAAAUCUAGAGACAGCUUGGAAGAUUUGGCAACAGAUGGUGAGCUGGAAGGCAUCAAGAACCACUUGCUGGAAGCAGCAUCAGCUCUGAAGGCUUUCAAGAAAUUGCUCACUGCCUAG